UGCGACGACCCUGAUGGAUCCCUCAGUAUGCCUCAAGCUUCGAGAGGAUGGAUAGGGCUCUUCCAGAGAUGGAAUCUUGGCACUAGGCCCCCAACCUUACGUCGAUUUGCGACAGCUUCGACAUCUUCCCCGACAAUAGUUGACCCAAGCCCGCCCCUAAAAAUCCGUCUGCGCCAGUAUCAAGAAGAAUGCAUCCAGGCAGUGCUUUCUCAUUUAGAGCAAGGGCACAAACGCCUUGGGAUAUCUUUGGCUACUGGCAGUGGUAAAACUGUUAUCUUUACACAACUAAUUGACCGCGUUAAACCUCAUACCGAAACCGCUACGCAAACACUGAUAUUGGCACAUCGACAAGAAUUGGUGGAGCAAGCAGCUCGACAUUGUAGCAAUGCAUAUCCCACAAAGAAAGUCGAGAUUGAAAUGGGCCCAAUGCAUGCUAGUGGGUAUGCAGACAUCACUGUGGCAAGCAUCCAAAGUAUCGUGUCUGGCGACCGCAUGUCCAAGUUCAAUCCUAGCCUUUUCAAACUCGUACUUGUCGAUGAAGCACAUCAUAUUGUGGCUCCGGGAUAUAUGAGGACUCUGGAUUAUUUCGGACUUUCGAAGGCACAACCAUCGUCUCCGGCUCUUGUCGGGGUAUCUGCGACAAUGUCAAGGUUCGAUGGUUUAAGACUAGGCGCGGCUAUUGACCAGAUAGUAUACCACAAGGACUAUAUUGAUAUGAUAGGGGAGAAAUGGCUUUCGGAUGUGACGUUCACUACUGUUCAGUCGAAGGUCGAUAUAUCUCGGGUGAGAAAAGGGGCCAAUGGCGAUUUUCAACCCGGCGAAUUGUCUCAGGCGGUCAACAAUGAACAGACAAACCAAAUUACCGUCCGUAGCUGGCUUGCUAAGGCCGGAUCGAGGAAGUCGACGUUGGUCUUCUGCGUUGAUCUUGCUCAUGUAGCAGGAUUGACCAACACGUUUCGAAAGCACGGUAUAAAUGCACAAUUUGUUACAGGCGAUACCCCUAAGCUUGAACGAAGUGCUCGCCUUGAGUCUUUCAGAAAAGGCGAAUUUCCAGUGCUUGUGAACUGCGGGGUUUUCACUGAGGGAACCGAUAUUCCUAAUAUUGAUUGUGUAUUACUCGCACGUCCAACCAAGUCUCGCAACCUUCUUGUCCAGAUGAUCGGUCGAGGCAUGAGACUGCAUCCGGGAAAGAAAGAUUGCCACAUCAUUGAUAUGGUGGCUAGUCUAGAGACGGGCAUAAUCACCACCCCAACUCUGUUCGGACUUGACCCUCAGGAGGUUUUGGAGAGUGCUACAGUAGAGGACAUGAAGGAUCUUCAAGAACGAAGGGAGGCGGAGAUGGCAAGGAAGAACGUUGCUGGAUCUUUGAACACCAAUUCUGGGUCUUCUUUCCCGGUAUCAAAGAACAUUACGUUCACUGAUUACGAGUCGGUCUUCGAUCUAAUUAGUGACGCAUCCGAAGAACAGCAUAUCAGAGCUAUGUCACCACACGCCUGGGUCUGCGUCCACAAGGAUCGAUAUGUCCUGACAAAUUCAGACGGCUCAUACCUGAAAUUAGAAAAAGACAACGCUGCGGAUUCCAACGGGAGCUAUCUUGUUUCAGAAACUGUUCGUCUUUCUGGAGCAAUAUCGAAGGCUCCCUUCAUGAAGCCUCGGCCGAUCGCACGAGCGCUUACAUUCACGGAUGCACUUCACGCGGCGGAUACCUAUGCACAUAAAAAAUAUCCGUACAAAGUCAUCUCUCGAAAUCAAUCUUGGCGGAAUAGCCCCGCAAGCGACGGGCAGCUUGCGUUCCUCAACAAGCUUCGCUCAAAAGAUGAGCAAUUAACUGGGGAUAGCAUCACAAAAGGGAAGGCCGCCGAUAUGAUCACCAAAGUCAAGCAUGGCGCACGGGGAAGAUUUGCCACUCUCGAGGCAGAUAGGAGGAGAAUGGAUAGAGCCAAAGUAAAGGUAGAACAGGAACAGGCGCUACGGGAGAGGGAAAAGGUUAGCGUGGGACCUUUACAAUAACAAAGGGCCCUCAGAUUUUCAUUUCUUGCGAUACCCCCACAGUUUGUUUUUAAGUGCCCUAGAAAGGGCUCGGCUUGAUUAUUGCUAUUUAGAUGCAGUUUGAGAGAAGUUAGACUCAAUGAUGCAUUUACAAACCG